GCAUUCAGCCGGCCAAAAAAAACUCCCGGUCGCAUGGGCGCUACUCAGAACUCAUCCCUCCGGCGUUCCAAACGCCUCCAUUCCUCCUCCUCUCUUUCCAAUCCCAACUUAACCCUGACCCUUUUUCCCUUCUUCCCCUCUCCAAACCCUAUCCACCACCGCCGCCGAUGGCGGAGGCAGCGGCGGCGGCGGCGGCCGACGGCCGGGAGAAGGUGAUCGCGGCGGCGCAGCGCAUCAUCAAGAGCCUCGCCACCUCCACCAACGCUGCCGAGGACAUGCUCCGCAUCCUCUCCGGUUUCGACCACCGCCUCUCUGCCAUCCCCGACCUUUUCCCGUCCUCCGCCGCACGCCUCGACGCCGCCGAGAAGGUCAUCCUCCACUGGGACGCGUCGAACUCCAACUCCGUGUGGGAAUCAUCACCCGAUGACGCCUCCGAGUAUCUCGCCGCCGUCGACGAGGUCAUUCACCUCGUAGGAUGUGGCGGCAGCGAAGACGACGACGACCUCUACCGCCGAGCCGAGAUUGUGCUCCAGCUCGCGAUGGCCCGCCUCGAGGACGAGUUCCAGCACCUCAUCAACCGGAAUUUCGCUACCCUCGACGCCAAAGGCCUCCAGGAUUCCUUCCAAAGGCUCGCCCUUUCCUUUCCCUCUGAUUCCGGCAACCGUAUCACCGAGGACUCGGACCCCUCCGUAGAAGGGGAGCAGCACGCGGCCGAUCCUGAGGAAGGUGGUGGGAACUCUCCUUCAGACGAUCAUACCUCCAAUUCGAUCCCUCCUGAGGUCGUCUCAGACCUCAAACAUAUCGCUGACCGGAUGAUCUCGGCCAGCUACGAACAGGAGCUGUGCCAGGCCUACAGUGGCGCUCGGCGUGAAAUCCUAAAUGCGUGCCUUUCUGCUCUUGGAGUUGAUAAAUUGAGCAUCGACGAGGUGCAGAGGAUCAAAUCGAAGGCUUUCGACGACAAGAUGAAGAAAUGGAUUCUAAGUUUGAAGAUUGUCGUUGGUGUUCUUCUUCUGGAGGAGAGGAAGCUCUGCAACCAGAUAUUUGCUGCCUCUGAUGAGCUCAAAGAGGAGUGCUUUGCAGAGGCCACCAAGGUCUGUGUCAUUCAGCUGCUCAACUUUGGGAAUGCUAUUGCUAUUGGGAAGUGGUCUUCAGAGAAGGUCUUUCGCAUAGUGGGCAUGUAUGAGGCCCUCGCCGAUGUGUUGCCCGACCUCCUCGCUCUGUUCUCAGGGAAUUCGAAAGAGUUUAUUCAUCAGGAGGUUGAAGGGAAUCUUGGAAGGCUGGGGGAUGCAGUGAGGGGUAUGCUUGCCAGGUUUGGGAGUACAAUUCAGAGGGAGACUUCCCGGAAGCCAUCGCAGAGUGGAGAAAUCCACCCCCUAACCCGGUAUGUUAUGAAUCACAUUAGAUUGUUAAUGAAUUAUAGCAGCUCUCUUGAUAUGCUCCUUGCUGAUGGCGAGGUUGAUGGUGGGGAGAGUUCAGUAAGGGAUGAGCGCGUGACCCCUUUGAGCCGUUGCAUGGACUUGUUGAUCUCAGAUCUAGAAUGUAAGCUUGAGGAAAAAUCCAAACUUUAUGAAGAUGAUGGUAUGCCAUAUAUAUUCUUGAUGAAUAACCUACUUUACAUAGUUCAAGAAGCUAAGGAUUCUGAGCUGAAGAUACUGUUAGGAGAUGACUGGGUCCGUAAGCGUAGGCGGCAAAUUCGGCAGCAUGCAACAAGCUAUCUCAGAGCUUCUUGGACUAAGGUCUUGUCUUGUUUGAAGGAUGAUGGAUUGGGUGGGACUGGAAGCUCCCGUAAUGUCUCCAGAGAGGCUCUCAAAGAAAGGUUCAAGAAUUUUAACUUGGCUUUUGAAGAGAUUUGCAGGACACAAACAAAAUGGAAGGUUCCAGAUUCCCAGCUUCGCGAAGAGCUGAGGAUAUCGAUAUCGGAGAAGGUCAUUCCAGCAUAUCGUUCAUUUGUGGGAAGGUUUCAUGGUCAAUUAGAGGGUGGGCGACAUGUUGCAAAGUAUGUGAAGUACACACCAGAGGAUAUAGAGAACUAUUUAUCAGAUUUGUUUGAAGGAUGUCCUUCGCAGUCAAGCCAUCAUAGGAGAGCACUUAGCUUGUGAUAGUUGAGGUUCUGAUCAAUGGUGAGCAUUGAAUUAGGACUUUGUCAACUGUACAUAUAAAUUGACUUUAAGCUCGAUGCUUUUGUGUUUAUCUUUCA